AUGAUGAAACAAAGAAAACAUCCUCUACUGUGUUUUCACGAAAAAGUCGAUCAAGAUCACCUGUUUCACAGCGAUCAAGGUUAGCAGAUAGAAAUCAUAGAAUACAUUUGUAAGAUACGGUAUAAUUAUGUCAGUGCAAGAUUAUCACAAUGAUUGGUUUAUCAGACGCUGAUAUACUGUACAGUAUAUAACUGUUACAAGGCCUGUUAUAUAUAUGUAUGAAUUUGUUUUUUAGAACUUUCCAGCCGCCUGAAUCCCUCAACCAGUCAAAACUGGAUUUUUAUGUUAAGAAAAAAGGUGCCAUAUUGUGUAGUUUAUUUUAAGUUAUGCAGAAUUUGUUUAAGAAACUUAUACGGUUGGUCAUUUAACUCAGAAGCACGCAAUGAAUGUGCCUAGAUAUACUCAGUGGAAGAGUACUUCAGCUAAUGGAUUAACAAAUCUGCAGGUGUCUCUAGUUAACUUGUUAGCUUGCAAUGCACCCAGGUGUGCCCACUUUAGUAUCUUACUAUUUGACGGCAGACAAUUUUACUCUUUUUGUAACAGGAGAUUGUCUGUUAAUGGGUUAACAUAACUAACUGCCAUACUUGUUUUCCUUGACUUCACAUUUGCAAUUUUUUAAAAGACAAAGCUCGUUAAGCAACGCACUUUUACCAAAUAAAUUAUGUUCAGACCAUUUAAUAUAUAUCGUUGAUUUUGUGCUUAUAUUUAAUAUUUCCAAGCUAAAGUGAAACCUAGCUCAUAAACUCUAAAUUGAAAAUUGCCAGGCAUGGUUUUUAUCAAACCUAAAGUGGAAGUCAUCCAACAUUUGUCAAUUCAAUUUGUCAAAUCAAAUUGCACUACAAAAGAUAUAAUUUCAAAGCCUGUUUUUAAGGCUUAAAAGACAAUGGAAAUGUGAUGCUUUACUGUCUAGAACAAUAAUACUGCAUGUAUUAGUUACACUAAGGCGCAGUUAUAAUACUUUAAUUUAUGCACAUGUCUAUAAAAGAUUUGUUUGACCUCAUCAUUAUUCCAAUGAGCUCUUUGGUACAGCCAAUCCUUUUUCUCUGCAUAAGUUUAUUUAUUUUUAUUAGAAUGCCCUGCUUCGCAAGAAAGCAAGAAACCAAUAGAUUAUAGGUCUUUGACGCCUUCGCCUUGUCCUAGACCACGUAACACUCCAGGUAAAUUUCCGUGAAAGUCGACAAUUUCGUAACACGUUGAGUACAAAUUCAGUGAAUCAAUUAUUCAUAUAUAAGCGAAACAUUUCAAACAUUUAUUACACAUUUGGUUUAAUAGUAUUAUAAUAAAUUUAUCUAAAUAUUAUGAGAAACACGACUCUUUAAUAUUGAUUCUAAAUUGAUUAUUAUCUACUGUAAACUCCAUGAAUGCACUGUAAUGCUUUGUAGGAUUUCAAGCUUCCGUGCCAGCCACCUUGCGAGUAAAACUCCUUAUGAAUCCUCCAGACAUGGAAGGAAAUUAUUCUUUGACGCAAAAACGCCUGUGGCACUUUGCCCCAGAAGAAAACAAGUCUAUCAAUCUACCAGAAACUAUAAAGAAAUUCCAGGAGUACUACAAAUCAACUAACCACUUGGAACUUUCAUACUAUGAUGGAGAAGAGCAAAUGUUAAUUCUAAAGGACGAAGAUCUACGUGAAGCUUGUGCCUAUUUCAUCAACUGCUAUAAACAGUUCGAGAACUAUUCCAUUUUCUUGAAGAUUUAUGUCACAGAGAAGCUUGAUGAUCCGAAUCAGAAGAAUGAAAAAGUAAAGCUACCCAGCACAGGUUCGGGAACUGCGAAACUACUGUACCGGCAGCUUACAGUCUCUGGGCUCUCAACAGCGACAGAAGCUACAAAUGAAGAUGCGCCCACCUGCAGUCGUGAUAAAAAGCUAGAAAAGAUGAAAAAGAAAACCGCGAAAGAGUUCAAUGCAAAAGAAAACAGAGCAGAAGUAAUUUCAAAAUCUACGAUAAAAUGUUGCUCUUGUGAUAUGGUUGUUAAACUGGGAAAGCCAUACAACAUUCACAAUUUUAAGAAGCACUACAAAAGAUGCAGUAAAACGUACACAACGUCGGGAAUGCAGUCAGUUUCGACACUAUUUAUGGCUAUGACAGCUAUUGCACAGGCAGUCAGGGCUGCUGCAGAGAAGAUGAUGACAGAAUGCGGGAAAGUAAAACAAAAUAAUGAAGUAUCAGAUGAUAUAGAUUCUCUGCUGCGGAUUUUGGAACGUGUUGUGGAGAAGCCAUCGUGCCUGGAUUCAGUUGCUAGCGAUAUGAAAAACCACUGUGUGUCAGCGUUAGGGACUAGAAUAAUGGAACACCCACUUUACAUUUGUUUCACGGAACUCUGCAAAGCAGGUAACAUAUCGCUGGAAAGUGAUAACGAAAGCAGCGAUCUCGAUAUUGACGAAAGCGACGAGGAUGAUUUAUGA